AUGGCAAAACCUGUAAGGUACCAGGUACUAGCCGUAGCGUUGCGAGUUGCGGAAGCAAGCCACCCCGUCGAGCCGUAUAGCAGCCAACACUUCAAGGGAAUCAACGGCUCUCCAAGGCGCUGGGUAGUCUCUACAUCGGCGAAAAGUACAAGAUAUGGGACUGCAAAGAAUGAUGGCUGCAUUCAUGGCACUAAACUCCAGCCCGGCUUGAGAGACGAAAACUUGCAUCCCAAGUAUUCAAGUACCAGUACAGAUGGAAGGAAUGCUUGCAGGUCGCGUUCCGCUGCCCUCGCUCACCUACUAGUUUGGGCUUCCACGCACGGGGCGUUAUACGAAGCUGAAGACAACCAAGACCGCCAGUUCGGAGCAGAUUAUCAAGAUGUUGAACGACUACGUGUACCUUUGGUGAACAGGUACCUAGAGGUACAGUUACAAUUACGUUACAAGACAUCUUCCUUGGGUACAAGUAAGGCACUGAGAAGGCGUGCUAAUGCAUGCGGGUUAGAGAAGAGGAUGGGCAUGGAAAGAUACAAGUCACAAAGGAGAAGACCUCGAGGUUUCCGCUCCUACAACAAGUACUGUAUCCAGUGCUUGGCAGCCUGUGCUAAGCUGAUUCGAGAUGCUGCUAGGUUAGUAGCUGGCGUAGCACAAGGUCAUGUUGAUAUGCAAAAAAUCGACAGCAUGCUAAUAAUUCCCAAGCGCAAUCGCCACAGUAAUCGGACGGCCAGUCGUUGGGCAGUCCCCGGUCAACUAAGAGACGGCUAUCGGGAGCACAACUCCGCCUCCUCUCAGAACAAGAGGCAUGGCAACCACGCUCAAUCAGACGGCAGAGACGAUCAACAGGUUAUGGAACAUGCAUCAUCUACACGUGUGAGUUCUUGGGACAGCACAAUCGCCUCUUCCCGCGCCGUACGAUACGCUCCCUCACUCGUGCCUCUUGAGAGAUGCAGACAAGCUUCCAGAACCAGAGACGGCAUCCCUCUCCCAAACUCUAGGAACCAGGCACCAAAUCCAGCAACCCAAGGCGUCAGGGAUACCCCUGGCACAGCUAGGGCGGUAGGCGCGCCUCGCGUCAACUGGCUCGUCGUCGGCCUUCUUCCUCUAGCGGCGGCUGAUGACUCCUGGGGGUGCUUGUAA